UCGUGCCCGGCUGGAUCUCUCGGUGGUGGUGGGUGAGCACGACCUGACCCGGGCCGAGCACUCCCAGGAGAGGCACCGGGUGGCCAAAGUGAUCCGCCACGGCCAAUAUCGCUACCCCAGCUUCCAGAAAGACAUCGCGCUGCGGCUGAGUGACAAGAUCACCUGGGACCAGUACAAGCAGCCGGUGUGCCUGCCCAGCGUCGGCUCGCCUCCCGUGCAGGGCGACCCAGCCACCGUGGCCGGCUGGGGAUGGCUCGACGAGUACUCCAAAGGUGGGCAGCAAGCGAAGGUGCUGCAGCGGGUUCACGUGCCCGUGGUGACGGCCACCACGUGCUCCAGCUGGUUCAGCGAGGCCGAAAGAGGCGUGACCGUCAGACGCGGCCAGCUGUGCGCCGGCUACAAGAGCGGCGGCAAGGACGGCUGUCAGGGCGACAGCGGCGGUCCCCUCGUGUCCCGGCGGAACGGUCACUACACACUGAUCGGCGUCGUAUCGGCCGGCAUCGGCUGCGCUCGCCCCAACCUGCCCGGCAUCUACACCGACGUGCACGAGUACCUCGACUGGAUCGUCGAGAACGCCAGCGGCAGCUAACCGAAGACGCUCCGGCCAGCGGCCGGGCGGUCUGCUGUCAGAGCGGCAGCACUGCCCGGCGUCGUGACGGCGAGUGUGGAGGCGCCGGCGCCCGCUCCGUCGUGUUUGUUGCUUUAAAAAUGGGCAAUUCUAUGACACCUGGCUAGUUCAUCGCGACUGAAAACGCGACCUUCGACGGUCGCUCGUCAAGAUCUCACGCCCGUGUCCAUAACCGUCAUGUGACCGGGCUUUGCUUGUCAUCCAGAGCUCCCGGUACGCUCCCAUGUGUCGGUGCGGCCUUCGGCCGCUCAGCUGGGGAUGAGCAUGCCGCACCUCUCCGGUGUUCUCCGGACUGUCGACUGCAGUGGCAGCAGGGGCUACGUUGGCGUGCGGCGAUACACGUGGGCUAGCUGCCUCACCGCGGGCAUGCACAGGUUAUUCAGUUGUCGCUGGCAUCCAUGUCUACCAAAUUUCAUGCAACAUGAGGACGAGUUACAGUCAAAGGAGUUAAUUCCCGUCCAUGAUGAUUGCUCGUUGACAGCUACCUCGAACAAAUUGCAUGAAUUAGCUCAUGAGUUAAUUACAUGGCUUGGUUCCUAGGUAAUUACAUUUGUGUUAAGUAAGAUGUGGAUGCUGCAGCGCUGGACCUAAGCUCGUGAGGAGACCAUCAUUCAGUUAGGCAUAUGGGGAGAGUUCGGGAGAAUAUUGCAAGAGACUGAAGUGCCUCCGCAGCUAAGACAGAGCGUUCGCAUCUCACCGUGACGGCCCUGCACGAAGAUAAACACCUGUCUGAUCCCGUCCGUACGCCACGCACCGAGGACGACGGCAAGUGUGUGCCAUCGUGCCGAACCGGGAACGACGGCAAGUGUGCCAUGGUACCGUACCGGGGGCGACGGCAAGUGUGUGCCAUGGUACCGUACCGGGGGCGACGGCAAGUGUGUGCCAUGGUACCGUACCGGGGGCGACGGCAAGUGUGUGCCAUGGUACCGUACCGGGGGCGACGGCAAGUGUGUGCCAUGGUACCGUACUGGGGGCGACGGCAAGUGUGUGCCAUGGUACCGCUCAGGUCUCUGUUACAUGAUGCCUUAAUUUAAAGGGAGCGAAUGUCCAGUUUAGUGCCUACUAUUGUGUCCAUCCGCGAUGCCCCAUGUCUAAUUGAUGGUGUUUGAAAUAAAUUGUUGCUGUUGACGAGUGCGGAUGACCGGGCUUUACGUCAGACCGGUUGCGAUUUAUGUGAGGUCAACGCACAGAGUGGCGUAGCUGACGAGUUGUGUGACCAUUGUUUCGUCCUGUGAAUGAUGUGCGCACGCAUUACACCAAAUAAAAGGCGUAGAUGA